AUGUUUGCUGGUGCUCUGCUCGCUGUGGGCCUUGGGUCCUUGGCGGCCGCUGCUGCUCCCUCUCCGCAGUCCUUGGGGAGUGACUUGAAUCUGAUCUUCCAAAGCAACCUCAACUGGACUGAAGCACCCGAACAUCAAGGCUCUAUUCUGCUCGAUGCGCGUACUUAUGCGGCAGCGCAGGCAAGUUGUGCCCAACUUUCUGAAGGCCUCCUGACGCCAAAUGGAUCUUUCUUCCUUGCCGACUACUCCUUCGCUCUCAGCUAUCUCGAAUACGCGGGUCUCAGCUAUUUCGGGGAGCGGUUCUGGAUCGCACAGGAGGGCAGCGAAUGUCUCACGAUUGGCGCAGGUGCUAGCGUCUUCCCUGCGCCAUGCAGCGCGACGUUUAGGGCGUUGUGCUCACAGAGUGCUGGAUAUAACGUCCCGACUGUGACGGGCGUACCAAGCAAUUACGAAGUCACCGUCCAAUCGAACGAGUUGACCAUCACUGGAUUCCGUAACCAGGCAUCCUUCCGCUUUUAUGGCAUUCCGUACGCGAAUCACCCUCAACGGUGGACUUACUCGACGAUGUACACAGGCAAUCCGACGAUCAAUGCAACCGCAUUUGGUAGUGCUUGCCUGCAGACUGGGCGCGGAUCGGAAGACUGCUUCUAUUUGAACAUCUGGACUCCUUAUUUGCCGUCGACACCCAAUCCGCCUUCCUGCAAGCUCAAGCCUGUCCACUUCUGGAUCCAUGGAGGCGGAUACACAGGGGGUGCUGGGUCAGACUAUGAUGGUGGUCCGCAAGUUGCCAGAGGUGACGUGGUUGUUGUAUCGAUCAACUACCGCCUAUCGACCCUCGGUUUCCUGGCGCUCAGCGACGGUGUUACCAAUGGGAACUACGGGUUGGCGGACCAAAUCCUUGCCAUCGAGUGGGUACAGAAGUAUAUCACCGCGUUCGGGGGAGACCCCACGAGGAUUACGAUCGCGGGUCAGUCUGCCGGUGCGGGCUCCGUCCGUGCGCUUCUGGCCUCCCCGAAGGCGAUCGGGAAAUUCGAGGCUGCGAUCCCUCAAAGCAAUUUAGACGGGAUGUUGUACGCGGCAACAUACUCCAACUACUAUACCAUCAGCCAAGAGCUGAUGGUCGCCGGGUACGCCAUCCUCGCUGCCACUGGGUGCAACACAACUGCUGUCAAUAGCAGCGCGACGCUCGCCUGCCUGCGCGCGUACAACGGUACUGCCCUGGUGUACAUGCCCACCGUUGCGCGGUAUGUAGUCGUUGACGGGACGUAUAUCACGACUCCUCAACUCGAAGUAAAUGGUUCCGGACCGGUGGCCAACGUUCACCUAAUGAUGGGCUGGAUGAGCGACGACGGCAACUCCUUUAUCCAGUACACAGGCACGACGAACCUGACAACAGCGAUCACAGAAGAGAUCACAUGCAACGCGGCAGAGACAUACGCGAUCGAGUCCUUCGGUCUUUUCCCCCAGCCCAACACAGGCAACACCUCCCUUGACGUGUUCAACGUCACAGCCCGGCUUGCGACAGAUGUCGAAUUCCGCUGCUUAGAUCAGGCUACAGGCGUAUCACUUGCAAAGCACGGGCUGAUGAAGAAUCUCUGGUUCUAUCAGUUUGAUAGAGGGUAUAAUGGGUAUGACCCGAAUGGGGUGUGUUACGCCCCAGUCACCGCCGAGUACCCGUACGGCGACCCUAAUCUGCCGCACUUCAAUUGCCAUUCUGGCGACCUGCAAUACACAUUCGGCACUGUCGGUCUUUCCGGUACCCCCUUCAGGGACGCGAACGACCUUUACUUCCAGCAGCAGAUAGUCGACCAAUGGACCUCGUUCUAUCGCUCGUACAACCCAAACCCCGAUCCGUUGUAUCUCGCCGUUAGGGGGUACACGAAUACUGCGCUGGAGUAUGUGAGGGACGGUGCUUGGCAGCAGCUGAGUUACGCGAACCCGACGCUGAGGGUGCUGAGUGUGCCUAGUACGCAGAGGCCCAUGUUGGAGACCGCGCAAUGUGAUUCCCUCAACUACACGCUUGCGUAUUACGGAUGAAGGUCGGGGCUGGGAGUUGUAGUACAAC